GUGGCAGUUGAGUAGAGGGUCGUGAACUGGUGGGAGAUAUAUCUGCGGUGCGAACAGAGAUUUUGGAAAUGGCAUGUAUUGGAGGUGGUUUGAUACAAAGCCAGCGUCUUCUAAACACCAAAUCCAAACUCUAUUUCUCUUACUCAUCUACCUCGUAUUCUCCAAUAUUAUUAACCGUUUCAACAAUUAGAUCGGAGAGUAUGGCGGCUCAGACGACCGAGAAAUUGGGGAUCAAGAUUCAGAAGAACCCUCCCGAGUCCAAACUCACCCAGCUGGGUGUCAGAAACUGGCCCAAAUGGGGUUGCCCGCCGAGCAAAUUCCCGUGGACAUACGAAGCCAAAGAGACGUGCUUUCUGCUGGAGGGAAAAGUGAAGGUGACGCCUGCUGGAGCAAAUGAGUCUGUUGAGAUAGGUGCAGGCGACCUGGUCGAAUUCCCAAAAGGAAUGAGCUGUACCUGGGAUGUCUCUGUGGCUGUCGACAAACACUACAAUUUUAGCUAGCCCAGCAAAUGGGCAGUACCUCCGUCCCUCUUAUCUCGAAUAUAUGUAUUAAUAUUAAUUGUAUCGUAUGGACGACUAAUUAUUAUUUUAGCAGUUAAUUAAAUUAUAAUUAGCAACUUAAUUAAUUUGUUUUCCAUAAUAAAAGUUUAUGUAUUAUUAUUA